CAUACUCGCUGUGUGCUGUAGCUGCCCCUAAUCCCAUCAACAACAUAAACAUGUCCGCCAGUUGGCUCAAGAGUUUGUUCAAUUUGAGCAUUUCCAGUACAGCCGGCGGCUCUUCCAUAACCGGUGGCUCCUCUCUCCUCUCCAAUAGUACAAUUGGAUGGAUGACUACCGUACGUAAUGCUAGCAAGAAGGCAAGUGGUAGCAGUAGAAAUAAACCAGGUCGACCAAGAGGCAAACACCGUGGCAUCAAGAAGAGGGAUGGUACAUGGGUCACAAAAGGAACAAUACUCGUCAGACAGCUUGGACUUCUUUUUCAUCCUGGUCUAAAUGUUGGAAUUGGAUCAGAUAAAACUCUCUUUGCUAGAGAACAUGGGAAAGUUGUGAUGACAACAGAGAAGAUGAAUCCGAACUGGGAUCACAGUUUUAUAAAACGAUUCUAUCCUGAUCUUCAAAAUCAAGAUGUGCCUAUUUACAAAACCUAUUUUCAUAUUUUGGCUGAGUCACCAAAACAGACAUUCAAACUUGUUGAUCAAAUAUAAACGAAGAUGUAUAAGGAUUCAAUGUAUAUACUGUACUGUACCGUAGUUCAGUUUUGUAAAAAUACAAUGACUGAAAUAA